CAGAAAAAACUUUCCUUUUUUUCGUUUUGUGAAUCUCGUGACUAAUAAUGGCCACCGUGACCGUGCUCAUUGAUUCUAUCUUCCGACGUUCUGUGUCCACCUAAAUACAUAUGGACCUCGGACUUACAUUUUCACGAUGACUGAGACAACGACAAGGGAGCACGAUAUAUAUCAUCAGGGUUUAUUCACGAGGAUCGAGGAAUGCAGGUCAGGCCCUGCUAAGCGCUUCGCCACACUCGCAACAGCCAGAUGCUAGAAUGUGAAUACCACCAAUCUGUCUUUAUCUGAAGACACGCGCCGAACCUGGCGCUUUUUAGGGGGGUUUCACAUCCAUCGAGUCAUGGUCGCGUUCGGGCGACUGAAGCCUCGCCAUGUCCGGCUCAUCGCGAUAUCCAUCGUUCUGUAUUACAUCUACACGACUUUCAAGUACCACUCAAAUCGACUUAGCAAGUCGGAAUCGGUUUGGACAGAAUCGCUGCCAUUGGAGUCUUCUACUCAAAUUCCAAAUAAUCUCUCAUUUUCAGCACAAGUCAGCAUUGCUCGAGAAUCCUCACGUUGUGCUCCCAAGCAGCAUUCACGAACCCUAGGAACAGGCGCCCUCUUUGUUAUUUCAUUAAAACGUGUCGAGUCGAGGCGUCAGCAAAUGGAUGUGCUCGCGAAGGCCCUCGAUUUGGAUUUCACAUACAUUAACGCAACAGACGCUCAGUCAUCUGGUGCAUACGGUUUACAAAGGGCUGAAAGAAUCAUCAACCGCGUACGGUGGCAACGGGAUCGUUUAGACGAAAAGGAUUUGGAAGACGGCUCCGUGGAAGCAGACUUUCAUCCAAGACCUUCUGAAAACCAUCCAAACUACGUAUUCGAUGCGUUUCCGUUCAAAUGGUCGAACGACGCCAUGGACAAUUUUGUUGAUCCUCUGGCGAACGAGUUGGGCAUAUCUGGAAGUGAUUUUUGGACGCUGGAAUUGGAUCGCUUUGACUCAGGCGAAGGCUUGGAUGAGGCAAUGGCUUGGGAAGCCGCAAAUCCCAUGCCUGCUCAUUGGCUGCAUGAAUCAUGGAAGCAGUCUUCGGAAGCCUUAGUAAACCACGCUUCGGUUAGGAACAACCUGCAGAUGAGUGAUCAUCUAAGUCUGGGUGGCGUUGCGUGUGCGGAUUCCCAUAUACGUGCAAUUCGAGAGAUUAUACGGAGGAAACUCGACUCGGCGAUAAUUUUCGAAGACGAUAUAGACAUCGAAUUCUCAAUUGAGAGAAUCUUACAACACGAAUGGCCAUUCCUUCCUCCAACCUGGGACAUUGUCUACCUUGGACACUGCUGGUCAUCUACCGAACCUUUCCAGCCUUUCCUUGAUCCAAAAGCAACCUAUCUACGCAAAACCCAACACGCUUUAUGUCUCCAUGCUCACGCUAUCUCCCUCAGAGGCGCACAUAAACUCGCUCGAUUCCUUCGUUCGCCCGAUUACGCGUAUUCACGGCCAAUAGACCAUUUGAUCAAGGACCUAGUGCAGAUGCAUUAUCUGGAGAGUUACACGUUUGUUCCCGCGUUGGUUGUACAGACGAAGGAGGAAGAGAGUCAGAUCAAGGUGGGACAGAUGAAUAGUGCGUGGAAGGAUGUGAGUGGGGAGUGGCUUGUGGAUUCGACGAAGGAAAGGAUAGCAUUGGUGAGUGGUGGGUUUGACGAGAGUGGAUGAAGUUAGGUAUUAUUAUCUGUAUCAGUGCAUUAUCUUUAGGGGAAAGUAAGUAGGUUAAGAAGUAAUAAAUUGAAAAUGGCCGGGCUAUUAUUAUACA